UUACAAAUAACAAUAAGCAAAUAAGCCAAUGUGCAAAACUGGAUUUUAUUUAAAUUUUUUAAAUUUUUAUAAAACCGGUAACGCAACUUUAGCCAGAACCUAACCUAACUCACAAUACGUACGUGUCAAAGUCAAAGUUCAAAAGUCAUAACAAACAACAAGUCACGAGUGACAGUGACACAAAACAUAUGAUCGAGUUUUUGUUUUCGCGAAACAUUCGCAAACUCGGCAGUAAAAUCGUUUUUCGCAUUAACAAUUUUCCGCGCAUGAAAUGCGAUACAAGGUGAGAUGUUGUCGAGCUUGAAAGAAAAAAUCCUAAACGUGACCUUGUUCAACACCGAAGAACAGCAAAUCAAGCGGAAUCCGGUCAACAUCAAUGCAGGCGCUGAACUAUUGGCGCAUUUUCAAAACCAAUGGGAGGAUUUGCACGAAUUGAACGAAAAAAACGCCGCCGAAGCGGCCAAAGCGGCAGGUGAAAUCGAAAAGAUAACUAAAUUCGUCAACGACAACAAAAUGAACAUAGCUCUCAUCAACCACAUUUUGUCCAAUUCCAAUUUAAUAAAGAACAUCGACAAAUGUACGGACACUAUUCAAGACUUGUACGGUUUAUCGGAGAAUUUAGAAAAGCAGCUAGUCGAGUUAGAAGUCCUCAUAGACCAAACGAAUUUCGAAAAACUCAAAAACAGGCAUCGUUACCACUUGGAACAAUACGAAAAGAGGAAAGAAGAGUCCUUCGAGAAAUACAAGACCGAAUUGGAAAAGAAACACCUGAAGAAAGUGGAAGAGUACGAGGCCAGCAAGAAGGCUUUAAUGCAAGAGAGACAGCAAGUAUUUCAAGAUGCCUUUAAAACCGACAUAGAAAUGUACAAAAAUUUAGGAACAGUUCCAUCCAAAAUCAAUUCAAAUCAAAACGGGGCUCUGCUAGAAGAAAUUCAACUCGACUUUGACCAAAGCGAGUUGGAUCAGUUUUUUAACGAUGAAGAAAAUAAAUAAUCCAGUAUAACUGAACGGAGUAUUAAAUACUAAGAGAUUAUAUUUUUGUAAAUAAUCAAAUUGUUAUGAAUUUAGUUUUAAGUCUAUUUGAAUACCCAAAAUUUGAUAUAUUUACUAUUUUUGUUGAUUAAAAUUUUUUCGAAUA